GCUGUAUUUGUACAUGCUCUGUACUGUAAAGAGUUUCUUCUGGACUUUUCUUCUUCUUCUGUAGACUUUUAAAUGCUGUUAUUUGCGUCUUACACAAAAAGGGAGAUAGACAUGUGGAUAAUAUACAAGUCAUAUGCAGAUAGAAAAAUGCCUGUGACAUGCAGGUAAUAAUGUUGUGUCGAUCAAACGAUCAAGCUUAUCAGCCAGCCCAGAUAAAGGUUAUAGCCAAAAAUAAUAGGUAAUGUUUUUUAUCAGCGCAGUCCUAGACAUGUCUCCUCUCCUCAGAUCUGUAAUGGUGAAACCAGAUGCCUUCGUCUGCCCCAGCUGCAAUAAAACAUGUCUCUCCUGUAUUGGUCUCUACAGCCACAGCAGACGCUGCAACUCUCCAAAGGUUUGGUUGACAGCAUACUCCAUUGUCUCUUGAGACAGACAGAUGCCAACAAUAACUUCCAGGUAAAUGUUUGUGCGUAUGUAGCAUAACAGCCUCAGUCCUGGGAGGCCAGGGUUCAAAUCCCCGCUAAACCGUGAAGCUCUCAGCCUAACUUACCUCACAGGAUUGUUGUGGGGAGAGAGGGGAGAACCACGUACUUCAGUUUUAUGUCUUAUAAUGGAUAAGAGCUAUAGUUACCUUAGUCUUAGUUGUGCAAUCCUGUUCCCAAAUACCUGCAGGUAAGGCUACAUACAUGCCAUAUAUUUAAAGCACACACCCCCCAAAAAAAUAUUGGGAACCACAUUUGGUUAAGGGUGCCUGGAAGUGGAGUUAAACUACAGUUCCCAAUCAUCUUUCCAAGAGUGGGCUUUGAAUGUAAGGUGUGCCUGCAGCCUAAGUCUUGUUGAGUUUGAUGGGAUUUGCUUCUAUAUAAGCAGGUAAAGGAUUAUUACUCUUAAAGCACAACCUUGAAGUAGUCCUCCCAGCAAUAUUCUGAUAAUGGUGGGUAGGAGAAAAGGUUAUAGAAUAUAAUGACCGUGAUGAGCCAGGAAUGUAUAUUUUCUUUUUUCUUUUUUAGAUGAUAUUUAUUAAAAUUUCAAAGAAUACAAGAAUUACACAAAAACAAAAAGUAAAAAUACAAGAAAAUACAAAAUACAGAAAAAAGAAUAAAAAAAACCCUUAAAAAGAAAAAGAAAAAUAGAUCAAUCUUUCCAUAACUUACAUUCAUAUCCUUGUUUCCCUAACCUCCUCAUACCUCCCUUUUUUGAUAGUUAGGGAUAUUUAUUAAAGUUUUUAAGGUAUAACAAAGAAAUGAAAAAUAAAAAGAAACAUACAAAAUAAAAACAGUUAAAAACACAUUAAUUUUCCAUAGCAUAUCUUCCUUACACUUAUUUCCCCGGACCUCCUCGUACCUCCCUUUUUUGUAUUCCAGUUCAGUUUGUUAGUUCAGCAAAUCCUUACCAUUAAGCUUUUACCAAUUUGUGAACCUUUUUGUCGUAUCUCUUAAAGCAUUACAGCUGGAAACCACUUAGUUUCUAUCCAACAUCCUUCUAAGAUUCAUUAAUUUUACAAUAUUUCUGUAAAUAGUCUUUAAAUUUCUUCCAGUCUUCUUUCACCGGCUCUUCUCCCUGGUCUUGGAUUCUGCCAGUCAUUUCUGCCAAUUCCAUGUAGUCAAUCACCUUCAUCUGCCAUUCUUCCAGAGUGGGUAGAUCUUGUGUCUUCCAAUACUUUGCAAUGAGUAUUCUUGCUGCUGUUGUAGCAUACAUAAAAAAAGUUCUGUCCUUCUUUGGCACCAAUUGGCCGACAAUGCCCAGAAGAAAGGCCUCUGGUUUCUUCAGGAAGGUAUAUUUAAAUACCUUUUUCAAUUCAUUACAUAUCAUUUCUCAGAAAUCCCUUAAUCUUUGGGCACGUCCACCAAAGGUGAAAGAAUGUACCUUCAGUUUCUUUACAUUUCCAGCAUUUAUUAUCGGGCAAAUGAUAGAUUUUUGCAAGCUUGACUGGGGUCAUGUACCAUCUGUAUAUCAUUUUCAUAAUAUUCUCUCUUAAGGCAUUACAUGCCGUAAACUUCAUACCUGUGGUCCAUAACUGUUCCCAGUCGGCAAACAUAAUAUUAUGUCCAACAUCUUGUGCCCAUUUAAUCAUAGCAGAUUUCACCGUUUCAUCCUGAGUAUUCCAUUUCAACAGCAAGUUAUACAUUCUUGACAGAUUCUUAGUUUUGGGUUCUAGCAGUUCUGUUUCUAAUUUUGACUUUUCCACCUGGAAGCCAAUUUUCUUAUCCAAAUUAUAUGCCUCCAUUAUCUGAUAGUAAUGGAGCCAAUCUCUCACUUUGUUUUUUAGUUUUUCGAAACUCUGCAAUCUCAAUUUAUCUCCUUCUUGUUCCAAAAUUUCCCAAUAUGUCGGCCAUUUGGCCUCCAUAUUGAGCCUUUUCAGCGCUUUUGCUUCCAUUGGUGACAGCCACCUUGGGGUUUUAUUUUCCAAUAAAUCUUUAUAUCUUAUCCAGACAUUAAACAAUGCUUUCCUGACAAUAUGAUUUUUGAAUGCUUUGUGUGCUUUGACCUUAUCAUACCAUAAAUAUGCAUGCCAUCCAAAUACAUUGUUAAAACCUUCUAAAUCCAAAAUGUCUGUGUUUUCAAGAAGUAGCCAUUCUUUCAGCCAGCAAAAAGCUGCUGAUUCAUAGUAAAGUUUAAGGUCUGGCAGGGCAAAUCCACCCCUUUCCUUUGCAUUUGUUAGUAUCUUAAAUUUUAUUCUGGGCUUCUUGCCCUGCCAGACAAAUCUAGAAAUAUCUCUCUGCCACUUCUUAAAACAGUCCAUCUUGUCCACAAUUUGCAAUGUCUGAAAUAAAAACAACAUUCUCGGCAAUACAUUCAUUUUUAUCACACAGGAAUGUAUAUUUUCAUUAAGUUAUGGCAACGCAGACUAAACAAGGGGCAAGGGAACUAGGGUCACACAGGGUCUGGACCACUUCAGAAUGUGUGUAAGAAAUCACAUGGCAUCACAGCAUUUUAGAACUGGAUAGAAACUUGGAAGUCCUUUAGUUCAGGGCAGUAGUGUUGUUGCAAAUUCAGGAUCCCUUCAUGAUAGACACAGGCCCUCACAAUCACACCCCCUUCUAAAAUUAUGCAACCUUCUAUACAACAGUCUUAGAAUUAUGCAAUAACAACAUUUGAGGAUGCAUUGCAAGGAUCAGUGCUGAUUGCCAUGUGUUUGCCUUUUAGCUGGAUCUACCAUUUUCUGGGACGCAGGUGGCGCUGUGGGUUAAACCACAGAGCCUAGGACUUGCCAAUCAGAAGGUCGGGAGUUCGAAUCCCCAUGACGGGGUGAGCUCCCGUUGCUCGGUCCCUGCUCCUGCCAACCUAGCAGUUCGAAAGCACGUCAAAGUGCAAGUAGAUAAAUAGGUACCGCUCCGGUGGGAAGGUAAACGGCAUUUCCAUGCGCUGCUCUGGUUCACCAGAAGCGGCUUAGUCAUGCUGGCCACAUGACCCGGAAGCUGCACGCCAGCUCCCUCGGCCAAUAAAGCGAGAUGAGCGCCGCAACCCCAGAGUCAGCCACGACUGGACCUAAUGGUCAGGGGUCCCUUUACCUUUACCUACCAUUUUCUGGGCAUGUUCAUGUGCAAGUGUUUCGGGGAGCUCCGAUAUCUUAUUUCUGAGUUACUUGAGGUUAUGUUUUCCCUUAAGUUCCAUUGUACGCCACAAAGCUUGCACCCCAUUCUCUUGAAACUCAAGCUCCUUGUGCUUUCUGUGUUCCUAAAUGCUUAGUUUUGGAGCAUACAGAACAUCUCCUUGGUGCUCUUCCUGCACUCCUUCUCCAGAGUGACCCUGGGAGCCUGUCUCCUCACCUCCUUUCACUCCGAUUGGCUCCAGUCAGCACAAAGGGUGAGAAGACCUCUUCUCUGUGGCUAAAAUGCUCCCCUUCCAUGCUGACUGGGUGGCUCUGAAGAUUGGGAUCCUGCUGCAGAAAUAGCAGUAGGUCUUCAGCUCCCCACUACCUCAGACCACUCCAUCUCUGGUCCAGGGACCUCUAGAUGUUGGAUACAACUCCCACCACCCUUGACCACCGCCCUUGCAGUUGCUAGCUGAGGCUGAUGAGAGUUGGAGCUCAACAAAAACUGGAGAGCCACAGCUCUGCCACACAUUCAAUCCAAAUUCCUCCUCAGUGCAGGAAUUUCCUUCUAUGUCUAUGCAGAAGCUCCGAGGUUCAGUCCUGGGCAUCUGCAGCUAGGGAUGGGAGAGAUCUUGGUCUGGUAUCCUGGAUCGCUGCUGCCAGUCAGGUUCAAUGAUGCUGAGCUAGAUAGAUCAGUGGUCUGACUCGGUAUAAGGCAGUUUCCUGUGUCCCUAUGCCCAUAAAGCAGGGGUCAGCAACCUUUUUCAGCCAUGGGCCGGUCCACCGUCCCUAAGACCACGUGGUGGACCGGACUAUAUUUUGGAAAACAAAUGAAAGAAUUCCUAUGCCCCACAAAUAAUGCAUUUUAAUAAAAGCACAUAUUCUACUCAUGUAAAAGCACGAAGCAGGCCCCACAAAUAACCCAGUGGUGCAUUUUAAAUAAAAGGACACAUUCUACUCAUGUAAAAACACGCUGAUUCCCGGACCAUCCACGGGCCGGAUUGAGAAGGUGAAUGGGCCACAUCCGGGCCUUAGGUUGCCUACCACUGCCCUAAAGCUAAGCUCAUACUCACCUCCCUUUUUGACAUGGGGAGCCUCCUACAAUGCAAGUGUUCAGCAGAUUUCAGGAGUGCUAAAGGAGGGCUAUGCCACAGGAUUCUUCUGCCUUAUGAUGCAACAGCAUAGAUCCAUGACCAAUACUAGGAAAUGCUUUGGGGCUGUAUAAGGAUGUUGAGCAAUGGAAUAUAUCCAGGAAAAACCGCAGGAUCUGUUUUCCUGGAGGCUUUUAAGAUGAGACAGGAUGAUCAUCUAUCAAAUAUUCCUAAAUUCUGGGAAUUAUCUAAUUGCAAGCAGUGAGAUCUCUCAAUGUGAUUCAGACCUGAAAGUCAUGAAACCUAAGGAAUGAAGAGAAAUCAGUUAAAGACAGAAGUGGGAUGUUGUUAUCUGAUUGCAACCUGGGAGAAAACAACAACAACAACAACACCCCAUUAUCAUCUCUGCAUUUAUAAAGAGGCAACUGGGUCUGAUGUUUGGGCGAGGAUUCUUUUCUGACUGGUAGACCUUCAGUCUAGAUCAAGAAACACUUAAAAGUACAAGAGACUGCAACACACAGAGUAGGGUGACAGGUUAGGAGCAGGGAGAACAAGUUAAAGCGCAGCGUUUUAUGCUAAACAACACGAUCCUAUGCACAUUUUCCUGGGAGUAAUACACCAUGUGAAUUUAUCGGGGCUUGCUUGUGGGUCACAGUGCGCAGAAUCAGGUUGAAAAUGAAUUAACAUUUUAAAGCCAUUAUUUGCAUUUAACAGGGCGCUUUUUUAAAACAACAACAACAAUGUAAUAAUAUAUUCUUGACAAUUUUGAACAAAAUCCUUGAACAACAUAAAAUAUCAGCACACAGCAGUGUUCUAUCUGACAAGGGUAGUUUUAAAAGCCCCACAAGAACUCCAUGAUCAAUUUCCCAGAACCAGGAAAGUAAUUUUUUUCUGGAAGUCUAGGACAAUGAUAAUUAGGUAAUAUGUACAGAUCUCAGAAGUCUUUUGUACAUAUACUGAGUGUGUGGGGGCCUGCACUGUGACUUAGAAGGGAUCCUGAGUGUCAUCCAGUCCAACCCCCUGGAAUGCAGGAAUCUUAACUAAGGCAUCCAUGGCAGAUGGCCAUCCAACCUCUGCUUAAAAACCUCCAUGGAAGGAGAGUCCACCAGCUCUUGUGGGAGUCUGGUCCACUGUUGAACAGCUCCACCAGAAAGUUCUUCUUGAUGUUUAGUUGGACUCUCCUUUUGUGUAACUUGAAGCCAUUGGUUCAGGUCCCAGGAGAAAACAAACUUGCUCCAUCUUCCAUUUUGCAUCCUUGAGAUAUUUGAAGGUGGCUAUCGUAUCUCCUCUCAGUCUCCUCUUUUCCAGGCGAAACAUGCCCAACUUCCUCAGCCGUUCCUAAUGCUUGGUUUCCAGGCUCUUGAUCACCUUGGUUGCCCUCCUCUUCCCUAAGAACAAGAAAGUUACAGGAUUUUGAUGAUUUGCAGUUCUGAAAAAUGUGUAUGUUUUGUAAGUGUGGGUUGUGUGGUGUAGUGGAUAGAGCAUCUAAACCCCACCCCAAAGUGGCCAGAACCAGAUUGCAGACAAUCACACAAUCUUAACACGCAAUAAGGCACCCAAGCAUCCCAACACCACUUAACACCCACCCACACAUGUGCAUAUUUAACACAUGCAUUCAAGCAUCCUCCCUGAUUUAUACUGGGGAUGAUGUGGCUCUGCAGAUGUAUUGGACUCCAACUUCCUCCAUCAACCCCAGUCAGCAUGGUCAAUAAUUGGGGACAAUGAGAGAUGCAAUCCAGCAACAUCUGGAUGUAAACAGAUGGCACUCUGUAAAUAAAAUAAAUACAGUGGUACCUCAGGUUACAUAUGCUUCAGAUUACAUACGCUUCAGGUUACAGACUCUGCUAACCCAGAAAUAGUGCUUCAGGUUAAGAACUUUGCUUCAGGAUAAGAACAGAAAUCGUGCUCCAGUGGCGCGGCAGCAGCAGGAAGCCCCAUUAGCUAAAGUGGUGCUUCAGGUUAAGAACAGUUUCAGGUUAUGUACGGACCUCCGGAACGAAUUAAGUACUUAACCUGAGGUACCACUGUAUCUCUUGUGAGGUCCUGGGAUUGGGUGGGCUAUAAGAGAAAUAAAUAUGGUUCAUUGACUUCCACAGGACAAACUCUGUAGGAUUAUAUUUUGAAGUGUGUUGUGUGCUGAAGAAUUUAUGUACCUAUUUGUAUAAAGGAAAUUCCAGGGAAGUGAGGAUUGAGCAGUAGCCUCAUAUAUAUUUAUAUAUAUUUAAUGUAUGAACCACCCCCAUUCCCACCCCAUCCGGUCUUUGCUCUAAGCCAUGCCUCAAAGAAAAUGUAUAAAUAGGCACUCCAGCAAAUUCAAGCCCUCUGCUUUUUAUUUAGGCAACUUUCAAAAAGAGAUUAUUCAUACACAUUGCUAGUGAAAUCAAUACCAACCUUUCCACCGAAUCAGUGCGUUUAAAAUCAUGGCAAAGGUUUCUGCAGCUGUAUAUCAAACUCCAUUACUAAGGCAUUGUGUUCAGCCUCCAUCGCCAGCUUCCUUCACGCUAAAUCUGCUAAGUAAACUAGAGCAGGGAUGGGGAACCUGUGGCCUUCCCCAUGCGGUUAGACUCCAACUCCCAUCACUCACAGCCGGCAUGACCAAUGGUCUGAGAUGAUGGAAUUAAAUUCUAACAACGUCUGGAGGGAAACAGGUAAGCCACCCCUGGACCACAGCCAUAUAUAUAUAUAGUAUAUUUUGGCUGUGUAGGCUGUGCAGGUGCAGUGAUAAGUUUGUUGAUGAUACUAAAUUGUUCAGGGCACUUAAAUAAAAAGAGGAUUGCAAAGAGCUCCGAGAUGUUCAAGGGUCCGGAAACCAAGCCUUAUGAGGAACGGUUGAGGGAGCUGGGUAUGUUUAGCCUGGAAAAGAGGAGACUGAGAGGAGAUAGGAUAGCUAUAUUCAAAUAUCUAAAGGGCUGCCACAUGGAAUAUGGAGCAAGCUUGUUUUCUCCUGCUCUGAAGGGUAAGACAAAAUGGAUUCAAAUUACAAGGAAGGCGAUUCCGACUAAACAUCAGAAAGAACUUUCUGACAGUAGGAGCUGUUCGACAGUGGAACAGACUCCCUCGGGAGGUGGUGGACUCUCCCUCCUUGGAGGUUUUUAAGCAGAGGCUGGAUGGCCAUCUGUCAUGGAUGCUUUCGUUGAGAUUCCUGCAUUCCAGUGGUUGGACUUGAUGACCCUUCGAGAUCUCUUCCAACUUUACAAUUCUGUGUUUCUGUGUUUCCAAAAGGAGGUCAUUGGGAAAGGCCCAGGAAUGGGCAACCAAAAUGAUCAAGGGGAUGUAGCUGAUCUCACAGCUCGAGGGUGCCAGAGGUUGGGUCCCUGCUGCAGAAAUAGUAAGGGGUAUUUGGCUCUGUGGGGGGGCACUGCAUAAGUAGAGCCCCUAUCCUAGGAUGCAAAGAUUAAACUUCCAAUAAAUCAUACCCUUAUCCAAAGUACAUGAAAGUGUUUAGGGAUACUUCUUUAGUGAGCCAGAGAUAUCAAUGGAAAUAUCGGGGAAGGCUUUGCAGUUCACAGAUUGACAGGCCUUCUCCGAUACAAGAUAAGUCAAACAGAAUCCAUUCUGGAAGUCCAUUCAACUUCCAAAACGUUCGGAAACCAAAGCGCGGUAGCCAUGGAAGCCCCGUCGGACAUUCGGCUUCCGAAAAUAGUUUGCAAACCAGAACAGUCACUUCCAGGUUUGCGGCGUUUGGGAGGCAAAACGUUCGAGAACUAAGCUGUUAGAAAACCAAGGUAUGACUGUAUAAGUUUGGCACACACCACCAAUCUAGGCAUAGGGUAGGUACCCCUGGAGAGCCUGCAAAUCACUGGAGCACCCUUGAUGUAGAUUUCCUCUCCCAACAUCCCCCCUGCCCUGUUAGGCCUUAUGGAUCCGGGUUGUUAAGAAUGGGAUCACGCAGUCUUAAGCCUAAUACAUUGUGUGGCAAUGUUCCAAUUUUAACAGCGAGAGAACAAGGAGGGGAAAAAAAAACCAGAAGAUGUCUGUCUAGCCUGAGCCAACUUGCUGGAAACACAUCUGGUUAAAAUUCAAGGUUUUAAAUCUGCAGUAAUAUUUUAGAAAUACAUUUGGUAAGUAUUAAAUUGCUAUGUUGUAGCUGGUAAUAUUUACGAUUGCAAUGUGUUAAGCAGAGGUUUAGAUCUGUCAAGAGAAAGGAAUGAUUGUCAUAUGGCCUAACAAAUGGGCCGAGGAUAUAAAUUACAUUUUAUUGUAUUUUUAAAAACUUUAUUGUAAUCUUGUUCAAAAGAGCUAUGUCUUUGUCAAGUCGUUGCCUGUUCAGAAUAAAAGAAGGGAUUUUUAUGUGCCUCUGUUACAGCAGCCUCAAGUGCUACCUUCAGCGUGGGAAGGAAACGGAAGGGCCUCAUUGUGGUGAGCACUCGGCAAUUUAAUCUCAAAUGGAAGAUGGAGGAGAAGAUGAGCAAUGAUGCAUUCCUGGAGGAUAGCUCUAUUGGUGGCUAUUAGCCGAGAUAGGAAAAUGGAGCCCCUGUUUUGUACCUCCAAACUUCAGACACCCGAGUCCGGCCCUAUCGUUAGGCAGAGUGAGGAGACUGGCUCAGGCGGUCAACACUGAAGGGUAAUGGAAUGCCACAUAUGCUCUCUUCAGCUAGCCUGAAGAGAGAUACCCUUUUAGUUUAUUAAUACUUUUUUUAAAAAAUGAUUUAUAUAACCAUUUAAGGCUGCAAUCCUAUACACUUUCAGUGCAACUUACCUCUGAGCAAACAUAUACAGUGGUACCUCGGUUUAUGAACUUAAUCCGUUCCAGAAUUCUGUUCUUCAGCCGAAACUGUUCUUAAACUGAGGUGCGCUUUCCCUAAUGAGGCCUCCUGCCGCCGGUGCCCUUCCACCAACCGGCUUCUGUUCUUAAACCAAGGUAAAGUUCGCAAACCGGGACACUACUUCCGGUUUUGUGUAGUUUGUAAACCGAAUAGUUCAUAAACAGGGUUGUUCUUAAACCGAGGUACCACUGUACAGUGGUACCUCAGGUUAUGAACUUAAUUUGUUCCGGAGGUCCGUUCUUAACCUGAAACUGUUCUUAACUAGAGGCGCAUUUUCGUUAAUGGGGCCUCGUGCCGCUGGCGCACGAUUUCCAUUCUCAUCCUGGGGCAAAGUUCGCAACCUGGAGCAACUACUUCCAGGUUAGCGGAGUUUGUAACCCGAAGCAUUUGUAACCCAAGGUACCACAGUAUACGAUUGCACUGUACAGUUUUCAGCCUUCAUUGCUAUUAGUUACUGAUAAUAUGACCUCAGAUAGCGAGGCUCCGUUGGGCUUAUUAAUUAAUAGCAAAACCAUAUUAUGUACUAAGCAAUGCUAAUUUGCUAGACGGUCUUAAGCAGCAAUUUUAUUCCAACAGCUUCUCUUCUCUCCAGGGUUCUACACAGAAACACGACGCUGGGGCAUCUUUUAAUAGUUUAAAAACAAAACCUUUCCCCACAAACGUCUUAAUGAGGAAUUUAUUUUAUAAUUACUUCCCCAUCUUCUAUGGCCUCUCUCCUCCUUACUUAGCUGUCCAAAGUUAAUAUAUCAACAAAUAUUGUUUAUUGACUGAAGAUCAUUAAUUACCAAGCAAUACUUCAUCUUGUUUUUUGCUUGAGCCUGACCUUAAGGUCGAAAACCAUCUGCUAAGGUCAUAAAGAUAUGUGUUGUCAGAAGGAAUACAUUUCAUUCCAUGCUGAGAGAUAGAAGCAAACAGACAAUAUAUUUUUCUAAGGAAAAUAUGUUCUUCUGUAGUCCUUUUGUUCUGGUGGUUGUUUCUUCUUGUUUGCAUACCCUAACUUAUUUAUUUUUCCUCUUUCAAUUCUAUCAGGCUUUUCACUGCUAAGAAAUGGUCCGUGCUGGUAGAAUUAGCACUUACAUAUCACCAAAAAACGAGGAGCAAAGAAGUCACAGAAAAUCUGCAUGUUUCAAUUUAUACAUAUAGGUGGAGAUUCACAAUUAAAACAUGAACACAAUCCAUUUCACCAUUGCAGGAAUGACCAUAACCAGGUGAGCUCUGUUGCCUGCUCAGUUGGCUGUCCAGUUGCUAACUGCUUCAGUCUUCCUUAGCUGUGACUCCUGAACUGCACGGGUUUGGACUUCGGGUACUUCCCAACUCAACAGUUCUAUAAUUCUGCAAUUCUGCUAGUCUCCCUCCUUAGAGUUUUCAUCUUCAUCUUUAAACUGCCUUUGGACUGGACAGCCCUUCCAACAGAUAAUUGUCCUCUAUUGUCCUAAGGGAACUCAGGGUAGAGCGUCUGCUUUUCUGCAAGUGUGCCCAUAGUAGAGAGGCAGGAGGAACCACCUGCGGCAGUGGCAGGACAUGCCCAUAGCAGAGAUGGUGGCAGGGGUGUGGCGGCAGUGGGUGGCGCACUCCUGAGGCCCAUAUCUGCCACCUGAGGUGACCGCCUCACCUUGCCUCAUGGGCGGGCCGGCCCUGUUCCUAUGCAGCCCUGCAUCAAGAAGUCUGUAAAGUAAGGCAGUCUCAUGGGCAGUUAUCUUCAGGUUCUUCACAGACAGACAGACAGACAGACAGAUAUAAUUUAGAAUAUGCAUGUAAACAUCCUUAAAAUAUCAGUGACUUCCCUUCUUCUCUUUCCAUGGCUCAUUUUGCAUCUCAGAAAUCCCUGCAUAUUUUACAAAAACCAAACCAUUCAGUAUUCCAUCAUUACAUCCAUCAAAACUUAUUCACACUGUUGAAUUUAUCUUAAUGCUGCCAAUGUUUUCAAGUGUACACGAUUCCCCCCCCCCCCAACAUAUAUACAAUAAAUGUUUUCCAAUCUU